AUGGCUGCUAAACGAGCUCAAGCUACACUGGAGGAAGCUGAAAGACAGUGGAUGCUUGUAAUGGAAAGAAGUGCCGUCAGAAGAGCUGCCUUCACACCAGAACAAGCUGAACGAGAGCGUACCCUUGUGCGAGAACGAAGUGCAGCUAGAAGAGCUGCCUUAACACCACAACAAGUUGAUCGUGAACGUACUGUGGCCCGAGACAGAAGCUCAGCUAGAAGAGCUACUUUAACAUUGAAAGAAAUCGAAAAACAACGAGAGGAAACUCGUGAGAAAGUUGCAGCGUGGAGAGCUACUCUUACACCGAAAAAAAUCCAGCUACAACAAACACUUGCUACUGAACGAACUAUGAGUAAACGAACUGCAGCAUCACCAAAUGAAGCCGAAGAACAGCGCGUAGUAGCUCGCAAAAAAAGUGCUGCAAGAUGA